AUGGGUUUAUUCGGAUUUGACGACGCUCGCGAGGCCCGCAACGAGGUUUACAACGGCCAGCCGCACGAGAGCAAGGUGUCCCACGAGCUGCUCGGCGCUGGUGCCGCCUUCGCGGCCGUGCACGAGUUCGAGAAGAAGCAGCGCGCCGAGGGCAAGACUGUCAACCACGCCUUCGCCAAGGAGGCCCUGGCUGCCCUUGCCGGUGCUGAGGUCGACAAGCUGAUCGAGACCAAGGGUCUGGACUUUGUCGACCGCGAGAAGGCCAAGCACCACGCUCGCGAGAACGCCAACCACCUGUACGACCAGCAGUACAGCGGCCGCGACAACUUCAACCCCAACGAACACGAGCAGCCGAACUACUAA